AGGAUUAGGGUACUCACAUUCAUCAGCUAGAGAAACCCUAAUUUAAGACAUUGGGUAUCGCCCCUUCCUUUCGAUCGAUCCUCGUACACUUGCCACUCCAAUCUGAUAAGAUCAGUUGCUGCGUUUUGUGAUUACUCUCUGCGAUUAAGAUGCCGCCGAAGCAGCAAGCGAAGGCCGAUUUGGCGAAGAAGCAGAAGGUCGUCGAAGACAAAACUUUCGGCUUGAAGAACAAGAACAAAAGUAAGAAUGUGCAGAAGUACGUUCAGAAUCUCAAGCAAUCUGUUCAGCCCAAAGUCGACCCGUCUAAAGUCGCCGUCAAGAAAAAGAAAGAGGAAGAGAAAGCGAGAGAAAAGGAAUUGAAUGAGCUGUUCAAGGUAGCGAUUAGUCAGCCGAAAGUCCCCCCAGGUGUGGAUCCAAAGUCGAUCCUUUGUGAAUUCUUCAAGGCAGGUCAGUGUCAGAAGGGAUUCAAGUGCAAGUUCUCCCAUGAUUUGAACGUACAAAGGAAGGGUGAGAAAAUUGACAUAUACAGCGAUAAGCGUGAUAAAGAGGAGACCAUGGAGGAAUGGGACCAAGAGACCCUCGAGAAAGUCGUGGAAUCAAAGAAAAACGAGUAUAACCAGAACAAACCCACAGAUAUCGUUUGCAAGUACUUUCUGGAAGCUGUGGAAAAGAAACAGUAUGGUUGGUUCUGGGCUUGCCCAAAUGGCGGCAAAGAUUGCCAUUACAGACAUGCUCUUCCUCCUGGAUAUGUCCUAAAAUCGCAAAUGAAAGCCCUCCUGGAAGAGGAAUCGCAGAAGAGGCCAGUAGAAGAAGAGAUUGAGAACGAGCGAGCUAAACUGACGAAGUCAACUCCAAUGACUCCGGAAUUAUUUAUGGAAUGGAAAAAGAAAAAGAUGGAUGAAAGGGAUGCUGGUUUGGCUGCUCAACAGGCAGAGAGAGCUAAGAAUGAUCGUAUGAGUGGUCGGGAGCUGUUUCUUGCCAAUGCAAGCUUGUUUGUGGAUGAUGCCGAGGCUUAUGAAGAUUACGAGAGAGAAAAAGAACCUGAGCAGAGUGAUCAAAAGGCGAAGAGCAAAGAAACUGAAGCAGGACCAAGCGCUUCCGCUGUCGCUGGUAAUACGUCCAAGGAUGUCGAUGAAGACGAGGACGUCGAUGAUGAUGAUGACGACUUGGACAUUGAUGAGCUAAAUGAACUCGAAGCAAGCUUGUCGAAAACUUCCAUCCAGAUUCAUGAGCCGACCAAUGCAGUAUCUUUACACCAAUGGUUCGGAUAUCUUGUGAAAAGGCCGAGGGUGAGUUUAAGGCCGAGCCGAGGGCGAGAGCCGAAGGCUGACGGUGAGAGGUUGAGAAGGGCAAGUGACGAUGCCCGUGCACGAGGGGCGAGGCUCGCUUAUGACGCUUAGGUUUUUUUGCUGACGGAAAAUUUAGGGAUUUGAAAACAAAAAAAAGUCAUUAAAUUUUCACAUUUAGGGAUUUCGAUUUCCUCCUCUAUUCUCUAGGCCGAGUCGAGGGGCUAGUAAAAUACUAAAAAAAUAAUAAAAUCUAAAUCUAACUAAAAUAAAAUAUUUUUUUUGGUUCGGGUUU